UCUGACCAAUGUUUUCCGGUUUGAGCUCUUCCUCUUUUCCAUAUUUUUUUGCGGUGCUGCUUCAUUCAAAGACAUGAGGACGUUACUCCUGUUCGCAGUGGCCCUGGUGUCACUAUGUGCAGUGCAUGGUGCAGAGAAGAAGAAGCUGCAGAUAGGCAUCAAGAAGCGUGUGGAGAACUGCCCCAUCAAGUCUCGCAAGGGGGACGUGCUCAACAUGCAUUACACUGGCAAGCUGGAGGAUGGCACAGAGUUUGACAGCAGCAUCCCCAGGAACCAGCCGUUCACCUUCACACUGGGCACCGGACAGGUCAUCAAGGGCUGGGACCAGGGCCUACUGGGAAUGUGUGAAGGGGAGAAGAGGAAGUUGGUCAUCCCUUCAGAGCUUGGGUAUGGAGACAGAGGCGCACCCCCUAAAAUCCCAGGUGGAGCCACCCUCAUCUUUGAGGUGGAGUUGCUGAGCAUCGAGAGGAGGUCUGAUUUAUAACUGCAGGUCUGAGGUCCACUUCAUUCCUCCCAGUUAUGGUGGUUAGAUUUUCCAUCAGCUCCUGAGACAACCUUCCCAACCACACCACCAAAACCACCACCCCACAGUCGGUGGACAAACACACACACACACACACACACACACACACACACACACACACACACACACACACACACACACACACACACACACACACACACAGAAUUGGUGGGGUGCAUUCAAGAUGACUACCAUCUACUGGGGAACAGUGAUCAGUUUCACCCCGUCACCAUUGGAGUUCAGUAUACAUGCAUCAACGUUAGCAUGGAGCUACGGUGUAAACAGAAAGCUAGCCUACUCCGUUAGCAUGUAGCUCCUGUGACUGUCUGAUGACAAACAUCUGACAUGACUGGAACAUAAAUUAAACACUGCUGUACCAAGGGGGAUUCUCUCGCAUCACCAUCUUUAUUGUCAUUGUCAUAUUACCUCUUACCAUCUUAAUACACACAUACAGUAAUUUGGACUAAAUAUAAAACAGUUUGUCUUUUUCUUUUUUGUAAAAGCAUUGAGAUCAGGUCAGGUCGGCAAGGGUUCAGGCUUAACGUUCCUUUUUGAUGAAAAUGUCCUGUAUUCCUACUGGAUUAAAUGUUUGAUUUACAAACAAAA